AUGUCGACGUCGGCCCGCCCCAGGCCCUCGGCCUCUCCCUGCGGCGGUACCAUGUCCAAGCUGCAGGUCUUUGCCCAUCGGUGCCCUGUCAUGGGCAAGGCCCUUGCGGUUCAGUCGGCUAGAAACGGUGUCGCCGUCGCUGGCCUGCGUGCUCUCUCGGGUCAGGUGAAGCCGGGUAAGGCUCGACUUCACACCAGCCGCCUUCAUGAGGCCAGGGCUGUCGAGAACCCCAUUCUCGAUGGCCACGAGAAGGGCCGCCAUGUGCCGCCGAGCAUGCCCCUCCACCGCAAUGAUGCCGCGCAGACGGGCUCCCGCGGCGCCAGGUUCGACUACGAGGCCUACUACAGUGCCGAGCUCGCAAAGAAGCACGAGGACAAGUCGUAUCGCUACUUCAACAACAUCAAUCGCCUCGCAAAGGAGUUCCCCCGUGCCCACAUGGCCAGCAAGGAAGAGCGCGUCACUGUCUGGUGCGCCAAUGACUAUCUCGGCAUGGGUCGCAACCGCCGCGUCCUCGACAAGAUGCACGAGACACUCGACGAGUACGGCGCCGGGGCCGGCGGCACGCGGAACAUCUCGGGCCACAACAAGCACGCCGUUCAGCUCGAGGCCACCCUGGCCAAGCUUCAUGCAAAGGAUGCCGCCCUGGUCUUUAGCUCCUGCUACGUCGCCAACGACGCUACCCUGGCCACGCUCGGUAGCAAGAUGCCCGACUGUGUCAUCCUUUCCGACAGCCUCAACCACGCCUCCAUGAUUCAGGGAAUCCGCCAUUCCGGCACCAAGAAGAUUGUCUUCAAGCACAACGACGUGGCAGACCUCGAGGCGAAGCUGGCUUCGCUGCCGCUCCACGUCCCCAAGAUCAUCGCCUUUGAGUCAGUCUACAGCAUGUGCGGCUCCAUUGGACCCAUUGAGGAGAUUUGCGACCUGGCCGACAAGUACGGUGCCAUCACCUUCCUCGACGAAGUGCACGCCGUCGGCAUGUACGGCCCACACGGCGCCGGCGUCGCCGAGCAUUUGGACUGGGAGGCCCAUGGCCAGGGACGACCGCGUGGCACAAUUAUGGACCGAAUCGACAUCAUUACUGGCACCCUCGGGAAGGCGUACGGCUGUGUUGGAGGCUACAUUGCCGGCAGCGCCAAGCUCGUGGACAUGAUCCGAUCCCUCGCACCCGGCUUCAUCUUCACCACGUCGCUGCCGCCGGCCACCAUGGCCGGCGCCAAGGCAUCAAUCGAGUAUCAGAUGGAGCACGACGGCGACCGUCGGCUCCAGCAGCUGCACACGCGGGCCGUCAAGGAGGAGCUCGACGCGCGGGACAUUCCCGUCAUUCCGAACCCCUCGCACAUCAUCCCGCUGCUGGUGGGCAACGCCGAGCUGGCCAAGGCAGCGUCGGGCAUGCUGCUGCAAGAACACCAAAUCUACGUGCAGUCCAUCAACUAUCCGACGGUGCCGGUUGGCCAGGAACGCCUUCGCAUCACGCCGACGCCCGGACACACCAAGGAGUUCCGCGACGAGCUCGUGGCGGCCGUCGACGAGAUCUGGACGCGCCUGGGCAUUAAGCGCACCUCGCAGUGGGCGGCGCAGGGCGGCUUCAUCGGCGUGGGCGAGCCCGGCAACAUGCAGGAUCCUCUGUGGACGGACAAGCAGCUCGGCGUGGAACAGGCUGCGCGGGAGAUCAAGGCGACUGGCCGUGUCCAUUCUGGCGUGACGGAGGCGCUGCUGGCGCGGGAGACGGCCUCUGCCGCCAGUCGCGCCGCCACCGUCGCGGUGUAG